AUGCACCUUCAAAACACGCUCGUCUGCUUGGCGUUGCUCGGCGGCAUCGACAAGUUGCUGCUCACGCCGUUCCUGCAGCGGCGCUGCACAGGAAAGGACGUGGGAAUAACUCGCUGGUUCUUUUUGCACAGCAUCGCGAACGCUGCCGUCUGCGCAACCGCCCUCGUGUCCAUGCGAGCGGUCCUCAUCGACCCGCUCCACGCGCUCGAUGGGCGAGUGUACACGGACACCUCCAUUUUUGGCGAGGAGCGGCACCUAGAUUGUGCAAGAGCGAGCGUGUGGCCGCUGACAAUCAUCAACGCCGUCCACGUCUACCACAUGGUGGGCGGCUUCCGAUUGACGGGCGCAGACUACUUUCACCACCUCGUGUUCAUCCCCACGCUCGGCUUCCCAGGCCAGAUUUUCCGGUGGGGUCCGCUCGCAAAUUGGUUGGCCUUCUUCAUCAGCGGGCUGCCCGGGGGCGUCGACUACCUGCUGCUCGGACUGAUCAAAAUUGGCCGCGUGCACCACAUGCUUGAGAAGCGCGUGAACGCCAACCUCAACUCGUGGGUCCGAGCGCCGGGCAUCCUCUUCGCCACCUGCCUGCUCUACCAGGCGCUCGUGUACGGGCACUACAUCGUCCCGCUGUGGGCGAUCGCCCUGCAACUCGUCCUGCCCGCGUACAACGUCGCUCACGAUGCUGGCGCAUCCGUCAGCCCGCUCCGCGGCGCGCUCGACGCGGAUGAGUUGAUUCGCAAGCACAUUGAGCAGCGCGUGAGCUGGACCACGGGCGAGGAGGUCAUGUCGUGGAAGGACGCUGUAUCGGUGCCCCAGAGGGGAUCCUGA